AUGCCAGCUUCAAAAACUCGAAAAGCUCCUGAGAGGCCGACAACACGAGCUUCUACGAAAACAGCACAUGCUAGCGGUGACAUUGCGGUUAAGCAACGUUUAAGGUCCUAUCCAAACGUUACACCCUCGUCUACCGUUUCUCCUGCGACAACGCGUGCGAGUUCUGUUGAAUCCGCGCGGGAAACAACCCACCGCAAAGCCUCUUCACGAACAAGCACUCGCUCUUGCCAUAACAACAAAAACGAUGGUGUAGUGACUCGGCGGUCUACUCUACAAAAGGAAUGCACGGAAGAAAGUGAAAUUAUUUUCGAAAGCCAUUCCUCAGAUGACGAGGCGUUUAUAACUAUGAAACAUAACUACAGAAUACAAAAGCGGCGUGCGGAUGAAAUUGUUAUUCAGUUUAAAUCACUAAAAGAGAGGAUGUUUAUUUCAAGGUUAAAUGAUCUUGAUGAAGAUAAUAACGCAAUACAAGAAGGUUGUCAUCCAAGAUUAUCAAAACAAAUGGACGAGAUUGAAGAGAAACAUAAAGCUCUUACACUAAGAGCAGAAAGACGCCGUGAAUAUCAUAAAAAUGCGAUAGAAGCUGCAUACGCCGCGACGGAAAAACAGAUACGAGACGAAUUUCUGAAUGACCAACCUGAGGAUAAUCUGCUGGAUUUGGUAAUGAAAAAGAUUGAGGGUACACCAUUUGAUCCUAAUUAUAAGAUUUUUAAUAAGGGAUCAGAUACUACUCGCAUAUCUUUCCCUAUUAAAAAUCGAUCAUCAAACGGACAAAUGCGUACACCAAGAUCUAACAUUGAUAUUCAAUAUAUACAUUUCCAUCCGACAGGGACUAAUGAAGAAGAAAUGGCGGAGGAUUUGAUGGCAAUGCAGUUGUGGAAACCGGCAAGACUGCCGACACAGCCAUCAUCAUCGAAAUUUCAUUCCACAACUCAACCAAAUCCAAAUAUAAUUUCUUCCACUUCUAAUGUUAUCAUAUCCCCGCCUCGACGGAAAAAAGAACCCCGUACAAAACGACCUCGUCGUAAUUCCAAUCGAGAAAGUGUUUCAGAAACACGUAGGGAAACGCCUCUUAUUUUAGCACCUAAAGAGUUUCCAAAGACUUCUUUAAGAGAAACGUCCAAAGUUUCUAAAACGAUUCACAGAGAUAUACCUAGCGAGUUACUUGGCAGGGAAACAUCAAAAGAGUUGCCCAGAAUAACAUCAAAAGAAACUCUCAAAGAUAUCGGUUUGCACAGGGAUUCCAGAGAAGUAUUUAGGGAGGUAGUUAUAGAACCGCCUAGGGAAAUAGUUAGAGAACCACCGCGAGAAUUACCUAGAGAAAUUCCAAAAGACUUAUCUACGAGCUCAUCGCAAAAUCCAAAUUCCAUUAUUGUUAGUCGGUGGCUUGCUGAAGAAGGCACAGAAGAAGAUAAUGAUUCAGACCAAUAA